CAGGUGUUCACAAUUGGAGAGCAGCACGUGCUAAAAACGACGACAACAGAGAGAAUAUCGUGUUUGACUGCAAAUAUUGUUUAAAACCAAGAUAUAUAAAUAUAAAUAUAUAUUUUUACAGCAAUGAUCCUAAUCGGCUUCAAGCUGAGCGUGGUCCUCGUGCUUCUCCUCGGCUUCACGCGCUAUAAUGUUGAGGGAAUCUGCAGUGUGGAGCAUUGCACUGACCGCACAACAUGUGUUCUGUCUAAAGACCGAAGAAGCUGCAAAUGUGCCAUUGGAUAUUACGCUGACCAGUGUGACAAAAAUGCACACAUGAAAGUUAUGUGUGGCAGAGACUACAUAUCAAUCAGAGCGGUGGAAGAUUUCUUCAAGUAUUAUAAUGUGCCGCUGGAGUCCUUACAUUUGCCCAACAAAUCCUGUCGUGCUCAGAGAGAGGUCAUUGAUGGUGUACCAUACUACAUGUCAAGGAUAUCCAAAGACAAAUAUCUGACCUGUGGAGGCAAGCCGCUGGAGAAAAACUUUACUCACAUCUCAUACUCUCUGAGUCUACUGUCAGACCCUCAGGUGAGUGGAAACAUCAUCAGAGAUCCAGUCAUUAAGAUGGACUACACAUGCGUCUACCCAUACAUCCGAAGAGUCAGCCUGCCUUUCCCUGUCGUCCCAUUUUCCAGUGAGACGGUGAUGCGUGUAGAUGAACUUAAUGCCACGAUACAGAUGAUGCUGUACACAGACCACACUUACACUAAGCCUUUCAGGAGUGCUCCCACCAUUGAACUCAGAGACAAGGUAUACGUGGAGGUGACAGUGACAGAACCUGCAGAUUUUUUCCUGCUUCGGAUCAAUGAGUGUUGGGCCACGCAGUCUCCCCAGUCGAACACAACAGAGGGAUCAGUCCACACUCUGCUUUUAAACGGGUGUGUGGACGACCGAACUGUCUCCUUUCUUAACAUGAGCGAGGGACAGUCUGGACACAACGGAGAAAGUUCCACCGUCCGCUACAGCUUCGACAUGUUUCGCUUCACAGCAGAGCCACACGACCUCUAUCUUCACUGCACUGUACAGCUGUGUGAGCCAGACGACUACAAGUCCUGCAUACCUAACUGUAAUUCAAUUACUAAGAGAGAAGCAGUGAGACCAGACCCCAUCCAGGGCCUCCUGUCAUAUGGACCCAUUAGAAUCGAAAUGCCAGACAGACCUCAGUCCAGCUUACUGAUGACAGUGGUGCUGCCUGUAGCAGGUGUGUGGACUAUGGGCUUCUUCCUCAUCAUGCUCAUCACCGUGGCAAAGGCAGGGAGCAGAAGGCUCUCACAAAUGGAGGAGCACUGACAGCAACACUGCUGCUGUUGCAGCUUGAAUAAAACUUUA